UCAUUCACAGGGGACAGUUUCAGGAAAUUACAUCAAUGCAAAUACUGGAGUGAAUAGCCAUUCCCUUCUUCAAUAAGGAAUAGCCAUUCCUUCUGGGUUGGGAUCAUCCCAACCCAGGGAUCGAACGUGAGUCUCCUGCAUUUCCGGCAAAGUCUUUACUGUCUGUGUCACUGGGGAAGCCCUUACAUCAAUAUAAUAGAGCAUACACAGUUAAUUGCAAAGACUCAUUUCCCUGGCCAGGGAUCAAACCUGCAACCCCUACAUUGGAAGGAAAGUCCUAACCACUUGACCACCAGGGAAGUCUCAAGAAUACAACCAGACAACAGUAGUGUUAUGUAUUUCCAAAGCAUUCUAUAAAAGCAUAUACUGCUUUUUUAAUUGAAAAGCUGGGAGAAAAACAUUAUUAAAGAUUAGAAAACAGUCAUCAUUUCUUUAAGCCACAGAGUCAGCUUAUCUCAGCAGUUCUCAGAUCAGCUGGGUCAGAUGCAGCUGGCCUUGGUCUGGUCAGGUUGGCUGAGCUGAUUCAGGUGUUUUUACUGAGCUGCCAGGGCUUCCCAGGUAGCCCAGGGGAGGGACCCACCUGCCGGUGCAGGAAGUGUAAGAGUUCGAGCCCUGGGUCGGGAAGAUCCCCCAGAGAAGGUCAUGGCCUCCCACUCCAGUAUUCUUGCCUGGAGAAUCCCAUGGACAGAGGAGCCGGCCGGCUACAGUCCAGGGGUCACGUAGAGUUGGACACGACUGAGUGAGCAGGCACACACACUGAAGUGCCAAGCAGCGAGGGGGUGCUGCCUUGGGAAGCCAGCUGACAUCUGGUUGGGACGACGGGUAGCAUGUGUCUCCCAUCACACAGCGGGCUCGUCUGGACUCCUUCACGUGACGGCUCAGGCUCCACGGCUGCAAGAACGGAAGGAUUCCCUGGGGCCGGGGCUCUGGAAGUUUAAGCCUGGAAAUCGCACGUCAUCUUCACUGUAUUCCACUGGCAAAGAAAGACGAGUUGAGCCCAGGUCCUGGGGCAGUGAGACUGAGGACCUUGCCUCUUGGUGAUGAGUGAGCUGCAGACAACCGUGGUUCUUCGUGCGAUCUGCCAUGUAGCAGUGCCAGUCACUCACUUGACACAUGUUUACCGUCUGCUGUGCUCCGUGCUGGCGCGUGCCCUUUCCGUGGGGAGAGACACCCAUUUCACUGGAGAGUGUCACCCACCUGAGCGCCGAGCACACAGUAGCUGCUCAGGGAACCCUUGUGGAAGUAGGGAGGGCACGGGCUCAGCCUCAGCGCCUCCUGCCAACGCCACUGAGGAGCCUCUAAGAAGCCUUGCUAUUACUCCCCAGGGAAGAGGUGUCCGGAGCAGCUGCUCCUUGACCCGCUGUCUGCGUCUGCCUCCCUGCCCUGUGCCUUCGAGGCGGCUGCUCCUGGAGGCGAGACCACAGUCUGUUUCACCGAGAAACCGGACCCUGCCCCUGUCUGAACAGCUCACAGCGCCUUCCGGGAUGCACGGGGAGAUGCCCGAUGAUGACCCCACCCAGUCCUGGUCCUCCUGUGGCCCAGGAGUGCAGACACUCUGUGUGUCUUGCAAGACGGGGAGGAAGAGGCUGGUGGGGAAGAGUGGAGGGGUUGCAGGCCAGUGAGCUACCAGGCAGAUCAUGGUCCAGCGUGUGGUCCUGAGACCCUAAUAGCUCUCCCCCUUCCUCAUCAGGUAAACUUCAGGUGAGCUACUACAUGGUGCCAGCCUCCAUUCCUCACUGGUCAAAUGGAAAGGCUGAUUGUGUCUAUUCAGCAUAUAAUAAUUGUAAAUUUUGUUGUUCUGUGGCUCAGUCGUGUCUGACUCUUUGCUGUCCCAUGGACUGUAGUCCACGAGGCUCCUCUGUCCAUGGGAUUCCCUGGACAAGAAUACAAGAGUGGCUUGCCAUGCUCUUCUCCAGGGGAUCUUCCCGACCCAGGGAUCGAACCUGGAUCUCCUGCAUUGAAAGCAGAUUCUUUACUGUCUGAGCCACAGGGGCUUGUUAAUCGUAUAUUUAGCAUGUGAUAACUGUUAAACUCUUAGCGGACACCAAGUGCUCAGUAAAGCGCCGGGCUGUUGUCUGCACGGUUGUGUUCCCUCAAAAUUCAUGUGUUGAAGUCUUAACCUCUGAUGUGACGGAAUGUGCAGGUGAGGACUUCGGGAAGUAAUUAAAUUUGGAUGAAGGAGUCGGAGUGGGGCCACCGUUAAGGGAUUGAUGCCGAGGAGCGAGCGUUCUGCCACGACCAGGCGAGGAACCCAGGAAGAGGGCACCCCCAGAGGAACCCGGAAAGACAGCGCCCCUAGAGGAACCCGGGAAGAGGGCACCCCCAGCGGAACCCGGGAAGACAGCGCCCCUAGAGGAACCCGCGAAGACAGCGCCUCCAGUGGAACCCAGAAAGACAGCGCCCCUAGAGGAACCCGGGAAGACAGCGCCCCUAGAGGAACCCGGAAAGACAGCGCCCCUAGAGGAACCCGGGAAGACAGCGCCCCCAGCGGAACCCGGAAAGACAGCGCCCCUAGAGGAACCCGCGAAGACAGCGCCCCUAGAGGAACCCGCGAAGACAGCGCCUCCAGCGGAACCCAGAAAGACAGCGCCCCUAGAGGAACCCGGGAAGACAGCGCCCCCAGCGGAACCCGGAAAGACAGCGCCCCUAGAGGAACCCGCGAAGACAGCGCCCCUAGAGGAACCCGCGAAGACAGCACCUCCAGCGGAACCCAGAAAGACAGCGCCCCUAGAGGAACCCGGGAAGACAGCGCCCCUAGAGGAACCCGGAAAGACAGCGCCCCUAGAGGAACCCGGGAAGACAGCGCCCCCAGCGGAACCCGGAAAGACAGCGCCCCUAGAGGAACCCGCGAAGACAGCGCCCCUAGAGGAACCCGCGAAGACAGCGCCUCCAGCGGAACCCAGAAAGACAGCGCCCCUAGAGGAACCCGGGAAGACAGCGCCCCCAGCGGAACCCGGAAAGACAGCGCCCCUAGAGGAACCCGCGAAGACAGCGCCCCUAGAGGAACCCGCGAAGACAGCACCUCCAGCGGAACCCAGAAAGACAGCGCCCCUAGAGGAACCCGGGAAGACAGCGCCCCCAGCGGAACCCGGAAAGACAGCGCCCCUAGAGGAACCCGCGAAGACAGCGCCCCUAGAGGAACCCGCGAAGACAGCGCCUCCAGCGGAACCCAGAAAGACAGCGCCCCUAGAGGAACCCGGGAAGACAGCGCCCCCAGCGGAACCCGGAAAGACAGCGCCCCUAGAGGAACCCGCGAAGACAGCGCCCCUAGAGGAACCCGCGAAGACAGCGCCCCUAGAGGAACCCGGAAAGACAGCGCCCCUAGAGGAACCCGCGAAGACAGCGCCCCUAGAGGAACCCGGGAAGACAGCGCCCCUAGAGGAACCCGGGAAGACAGCGCCUCUAGAGGAACCCAGAAAGACAGCGCCCCUAGAGGAACCCGGAAAGACAGCGCCCCCAGCGGAACCCGGAAAGACAGCGCCCCUAGAGGAACCCGGAAAGACAGCGCCCCUAGAGGAACCCGGGAAGAGAGCUCCCCUAGCGGAACCCGGGAAGAGAGCACCCCUAGAACCCACCAUGCGGCCCCUGCUCUCGGAACCCCAGCCAUGAGAACUGAACGUUUGGUCAAGCCUCCUUCCUGAAGAGCAGCUCUGGUGCAAGCUAGUGGAGAAGGUUUCUCCUCCCUCCAAACUCGCAUCUCCAAUUGUGAAAAGCCGGACUUGUUUAUCAGACGUUUAUUGGUUCCACUGUGGCUUCUGGGGCAGCAGUAGAAUGGAUCUCUGCCCCAGAGAAACUGGUCAAAUGGCCUUUGGAAACAGAUGGCAUUUUGUGCCAGUGACCAUGGAGAAACAGAGCACGAUCUGUGGUCCUCCAGGCCCCUUUCAGCAGGCAGGCGGAGAACCAGCACCCUGAAUGAGGGAUGAGCACAGAAAGUCCACUCCCUCGGGGUCAUGGCUGCACUCUCCUAAGUAUUCAUUCUAGA